AGCAUGUGUGUAAAGCACUUCAAGAGUUAUAUAGUGUUAACUGUUCAGCUGAAGAUGUUUUGAACUUGGAUUCUAGCACUGAUGAAAAAUUUAGCCGCCAUUUAAUAUUUCAGCUCCGAGAUGUGGCAUUUAAAGAUAACAUUCAUGUGGGUAAUUUUGUGAGAAAAAUUUUUCAGCCUGCUUGUCACUUAAUUGCCAGGGAAAAUGACAGUGGGCUUCAGGAGGCGACAGGCCAUGAAUGUCCCCAUGUUUCUGAAGCACCAGUAAAACAAGGAAUUUCCACAGACAGCGACAUGGGAGGGAACUGGCCCUUUAAUCCAGGGAGACUGGAGCGGCUGGGGUCUGCUGAGCAGAGCACUCCUGAUCUUUCAUUUUUAGUUGUGAAGAAUAACAUGGGAGAAAAGCAUCUUUUUGUAGAUCUCGGAGUUUAUACAAGAAAUAGAAAUUUUCGACUCUAUAAAUCAUCAAAAAUAGGAAAGCGUGUGGCUCUGGAGGUUGCUGAAGACAACAGAUUUUUUCCUCUCCAGCCAAAAUGUCUCUCUAAAGAAUAUCAGUAUUUUCUGGCUUCUUUGGUCAGCAAUGUCAGAUUCUCAGAUUCUUUAAAAAUUCUUACAUGUGACAUAUUUCAGGAUAAACGAAAGAGAAUUGAAUAUUCUAAUGGAAUCAGCACUUCCAGCACUUCAGUAGGAACCAUGGAAGGUUUUCAGUGUUCUCCCUAUCCUGAAGUUGAUCAUUUUGUUCUUUCUUUGGUGAAUAAAAACGGCAUUACAGGAGGGAUUCGGCAUUGGAACUACUUUUUCCCAGAAGAAUUAUUGGUGUACGAUAUUUGUAAAUAUCGCUGGUGUGCAAACAUUGGAAGAGCCCACAAGAGCAAUAAUAUCAUGAUUCUGGUUGACCUCAAAAGUGAAGUUUGGUAUCAGAAAUGUCAUGACCCCGUGUGUAAAGCAGAAAACUUCAGAUCUGACUGUUCUCCACUACCUGCUGAAGUGUGUCUCCAGUUUCUCUUCAGAGAGGAAGAGGAGUUUCCAACAGAUGAUGCAGACAACAGUAGGACCAAGACUCCUCAUCAGCAGUCACCUCAUGAGUUGUCAGCAGAUGUGUCUUCUGACACUGGAUGGGACGAUGACACAGAUGAUGUUUGUCUUUUAGAAGCCACUGAGGAUGCUGAAUUAGUUGAUGCUGCAGAGAACAGUCUUCUCAGUUACAGUAGUACAGUGGAUGAAAUUCCUGAUGAACUUAUUAUAGCAGUAUUACAAGAUUAGGUAAUUAACUAUGGACACGUAAAUAACCAGGCUAAUAAUUUACCUGAAGUCUGUGAGGUUUGAGUAAACAGACAAUUAUAUUUAUUGUUAUGCUGUUUGUAUCAAGUUGUAUCACUUUAAUUUUUUUUUAUUUAAGUAAACCAGUUUUACUGAAAAUUAACCUUGGUGUACUUAAAUUCAUUAGGAAUCUUAAUUAAUCAAAAUUAGUUUUUGUUCAUGAAUCGACUUAAUUUUAUAAGUUUAUGUACAGGUUAAAACUCUUCUGUGUGAGGGCUGGGUUGAUGGAUGUCAGCAUUUUAAACUUUGUUACUCAAGACUGACCAGAUUAUUAUGGCCUUUAAAGCCAUGAGACUCUCAGUUUACAGUCAUUUAAUUUGGACAAAUAUAUUAAAUGCUGGUGACUAUGCAAUACUGGUAACCUUACACAGGCACACUUUGGGAGACUGGUCUUCUCAU